AUGAACACAUACGUAGCGAAGAGACUCGGGCUUUUCAUACCUACGUUGUUGCUGGUUACUAUCAUUGUCUUUUCCCUAAUGCGCCUGAUCCCCGGCGACCCCGCCUAUCUGCGACUCAUCGGUACCGACGGCGACGCUGAAUUCACCCAGGAGCAGCUGGAGGCCCUACAAGCGCAGCUCGGCACCGACAAGCCCCUCGUGCAGCAGUACGUCCUGUGGGUAUGGGACAUGCUGCGAGGCGACAUGGGCCUGUCCAUGAUCCACGACACCCCGAUUAUCGAUGAUAUCAAAGACCGACUGCCCAUCACGCUUGAGUUAACAGUUCUGUCUUUGCUUUUGGCCACUGUCAUAGCCGUCCCGCUUGGGGUGAUUUCGGCGGUUAUGCAGGACUCGCCCGCCGACUACAUUUCAAGGGUCGUCGCCAUUGCUGGUGUGGCUAUGCCCAAUUUCUGGCUGGCGAUCCUGAUGAUCAUCGUCCUGGUAAACCUCUUUGGGUGGCUACCGCCCUUGGGAUACGCGGACUUAUGGGAGAAUUUGAUAUUCCCCUCCAUCGCCCUGGGCUUCUACAACAUGGCGCUGAUAGCCAGGGUGACCCGCAGCUCCAUGCUCGAGGUUUUCCGCGAAGACUAUAUCCGCACGGCGCGUUCCAAGGGAUUGAAUGAACGAGUGGUGAUUAUCCGCCACGCCCUCAAGAACGCUUCGCUGCCGGUGCUGACCAUCUCAGGCUGGCAGAUCGGCAGGCUCCUGGCCGGGACCGUCAUCAUCGAGAAGAUAUUCCUGGUUCCCGGGGUUGGACGGCUACUCAUCGACAGCAUUUUCGCGCGGGACUUCACCAUGAUUCAGGCCAUCGUGAUGAUGGUGGCAACGAUGGUGUUGCUGCUGAAUUUGGUCGUUGACCUGAUGUACGGCUGGGUCGAUCCCAGAAUUCGUUACGCUUAA